AUGGUUAGUGGAACAUUAGAUUUUACUCCUCCGAAUCUCCAUCUCCAAUUUCUCGACCUCCUUCGCGUUAACAUGCAGACAUUCAGCUCAAACGUCGAUUCACCAUCAGUCUCAGCUACCACUAGUGAGCCGCAGAAAUCUCUGGAUGUCAUUACAGGCGAUGACUUGGGCUUUGAAAUAGUCACCUUAAACGUCGAUUCACCAUUGGUCUCAGCUACCACUGAUGGGCCACGGAAACCUUCAGAUGUGAUUGUAGGCGAAGACUUGUGCCUUCAACUCGUCAGGAACAGCGCUGGCCAUUAUCAGCCGCAACUCGUCGAAGAAAAGGCUGAUAUCGUUCAGUCCAACACUUCACGCACAAAUUUUUCCUCGCUCAUUUGGCGCUUGCCAACUGAAAUUCUUUCCGAAAUCUUCCUUUACUGUCUGCCCGAAGACGAGUAUUUGGCGUAUGCAGCAACACAGGCUCCUAUGCUAUUGACAAGAGUAUGUCGCCGAUGGAGGGAGGUUGCUGUGGGCUUGCCCAUGUUAUGGUGCAGGCUACAGUUGGAAUUCUGGUACGAAGACUGGCAGGAGAGAGCUUUCCGACACGAUGAUUGGCAGACGAGAGCUUUCGGUUACGACUCCUGGCUCAAGCGAUCAAGAGGAUAUCCGCUCUCGUUAAGACUCGAGUGUGGCACUGACUGGAGCGAGUUACAAAGUCUUCUCCAGCCAUACGUUCAGCAAAUCUCGUCUCUCUCGCUUGACUUUCUAUCCUGCGAUGGCCCAUUCAUGAUGGAAGACUUCCACGCACUGAAGGAGCUCACUAUCUGCAAAUACAUUUUGGAUGAUCCUGCGCGAGCUAUCAACGGUACUCUCUCGACAUUGCCAGUUAAUCUGCGCAGGAUUAACAUGGAGAAUGUGUGGUUCAACCGCAAGCGAUUAGAUUCCUUCACUGCUUCCCCAUGGGCCCACCUCACACAUAUGGAGAUCAGCUUACAUGGAAUAAAUGCUUUCACCCGCAUACUCCAUCUAUGUCCCGAUCUCUGUUCCCUGACAGUGAUUGGAAUAUUCUGCCCCAUUCAGACUCUGGAAUCAGUCGCGCACACCAACCUUCAAUCCUUAUCCAUGUCUUGGAGCGUAUUUCGGAACACAAGCGAGGAUAUUGGUCUAUUCGAUGUUAUCACACUCCCGAACCUUCGCGUGCUUGAAGCUCGCUAUACGGGGCGGUGGCCACAUGAAUCGUUCAUGAAAUUUUUGACGCGGUCAGAAUAUUCCCUGGAGAGGCUGGUUUUCGACAGUGCAGUGUGGACAACAACACGGGAACGAGCAGAAUACGCUACCCUUGUUCCUUCGUUCGAAUUCAUUGCAGAUACUGAAAGCAACUUUGAUGUCGAUGAAGAAUAG